AAGCCGGUUGCCAUGGGUGAGAGGGUUCCCCUCCUCCCAUCGUGCUGAUGUCAGAGACAAGCCACAGAGAGAUAGAGAGAGGAGAGGAGAGAGGGAGGGAGAGGGAUUUGCCAGCGAGCGGUCGAGCUGCCUGACAGCGGGGAGGAGGAAGCUCUCUCUCUGGGUCCUGACUUCACCCCUGGGGCCGACAACCAUGGAGCUGGAAGCAUUAAUGGACAUCCUGCAAAAUGGAGAGCAGGACGCGAUACAGCAGGCCCUGCUGGACUUCAAUAAGGAGUACGCUCAGUGCUUCUUCUUCAAUGCAGAGGCACGGGAGAGGAGGAAGUUCCGGAUCACAAAAUAUCGGGACUACCACUCCAGCUCGGAUUAUGACUCUGAUUCCGAUGAGUCCCAGGAGCGGGAGGUGAAGCUGAGAGAGAGGAUGGGCGAGCUGGUGAUGAAGCUGCUGGGCCGAGAGCUGCAGCCGUCCUGCCGGCUGGCCGGGCUGGAGACGGUUCGCAUCCUGAGCCGGGACAAGCAGGCGCUGGCGCCGUUCUCAGGCCGAGGCGGGAUGGGGACGCUGGCGCGGCUGGCGGGGCUGGAGGGUGGCGGGGACGAGGAGGACGGGGAGAGGAGGCCGCCCGACGCCGAGGUGGCGUGCGAGGCCCUGCAGUGCCUGUGCAACACCGUGUACAACAGCCCCGCCGCCCGGGACGCGGCCGAGCAGCUGCGGCUGCUUCGAGGCCUGGCCGCCCACCUCAAACGCGGGGCCCGGGACAGGCCCGGAGCUGGACCCGGAGCCGGCGGCCUCCCCGACCCCCGCUUCUACGAGCUCCGCCUCAUGUUCCUCCUGACGGCGCUGAGCGUCGACGCCCGGCUGCAGCUCGGCCGCCAGCUCCGAGGCCUGGCGCUGCUCACCGCCGCGCUGGAGGCCGCGCUGGGCCUGGGGUCGGGGGCCGGGGACGGCGAGGCCGUGGUGGUGAUGAUGAUGAUGGGGGAGGAGGGGGAGGAAGAGGAGGAGGAGGAGGAGGAGGAGGAGAUGGGGGAGGCCGCUGCUGCCGCCGCCGGGCCGCGCCACAGGCCGCUCAGGCGCCACGACACCGAGCGCGCCAUGGAGGUGCUGAAGAUCCUCUUCAACAUCACCUUCGACACCAACCGGAGGCAGGUGGACGAGGAGGAGGCGGCUCUCUACCGCCACCUGGCAGUUGUCCUCCGCCACUGCCUGCUGACUCACACGGAGAGCAAGGAGAGGACACAGGAGUUCCAUGGUCACACGGUCAACCUGCUGGUGAACCUGCCCCUGGCCUGCCUGGACGUGUUGCUCACCCCGAGGGUGGAGCCGGGCUCCGUGGAGUACAUGGGCCUGAACAUGGACGCCGUGGCCAUCCUGCUGGACUUCCUGGACAAGAGACUGGACCGGGGCCUGAAGCUGCGGGAAACGCUGACUCCUGUCCUAAGCCUGCUGACGGAAAGCGCGCGCUUCCACCGGGAAACCCGCAAGUUCCUCCGCUCCCGGGUGCUGCCGCCACUGCGGGACGUGAGGAACCGGCCGGAGGUGGGGGAGACUCUGCGCAACAAGCUGGUGCGUCUGAUGACCCACAUCAACACCGACGUCAAGCACUGUGCCGCCGACUUCCUCUUCGUGCUGUGCAAGGAGAACGGUGAGCGGGCACCCUCCCGGGGAAGGGGGCGGGGGUAA